AUGUCCGAAAUGUGUUUCUGUCUGACGUUUUUUUUGAGAUCUUCCAGAGUCAACUCCAAUCGAAAAGUUGCGAAAUCCGGAAAACGUCGUUCCGAGGAGAGCCAACCGUGCUGCUCAUCAUUUGUAAAGAAAGCGCCUCGAGGAAAGAAGAAUGAGAAAUCGAAUGAACCCGAUCUGAAAGAUGAACUGGAGAAGGAUAUUGAAAGAGCUCAGAAACAAAAGGAAGAGAUGAAGAAAGAUGUGAAAAUGGUUCUUGAAAACUUCGUCGACGAAAUUAUCGACAAAGCUCUUUUAAAAACGGACGCUUCGGAGAACAACGCAGCGGAGUCGACUAAAGCAAUAGAGGAGAAACCGAUCGAGAAUGGAACGGAGGAUGCUUGGGAGGAUGUUGGGGAAGAUGCUGGGGAGAACAACCCACCAGAAGACGACCAAACCGCACGUGUUCGUGGUGGAGGAAGAAGUGGAUCGUGGGGGCGUGGUGGUCGCAGGCAUAAAGGUUUUUAA